GGAGAACUUUUCAGCGAAAAUAAUGAAGUAAUUCCCUGAGGAUGGAAGCUCGUUUCUGGCCGUUUAAUCGUUGUUUCUCGAUGUUUUAGGCUUUAAGAAAUCUGCAUGAGAUCGUUAUGCCAUCUCUUGAGAACUAUAUUCAGAAGAUUCAUAAAAAGCUGAACAAUGAAGGACUCGAAGAACGAAAGAUAAAAAAAUAUCUUGAAGAACUUGAUCGGCUAAAAAUCACUCUGGAUGUUUUGAAGUCAACUGGGAUUGGAAGGGCUGUGAAUCGUCUCCGAAAACGAGGUAGUGACAUUGGUGACAUUGCUUCCAGUCUUGUGACAAAAUGGAAAGAUCUUUUGAAACAAGAUAAGGACACAAAAAUUUCACCACCUGAUGUUGAUGAAAAAGAUCUACUUGCCUCUUGUGGUCCCACAGCAACUGAAUCAAAGGUGGAUCUUCUCAACAACAAACAUCACAAGUCCAAUCACAGAAAUGGAGAAGUUAACCCAAAGACACGGCCAACACCACAACUCUGUGAUGUAUCAUUUGGAUGUGAACCUGUUAAUGUGAAACCAAGGAAAAAACCUUCAUCAUCAGCUGGUACAGCAACAAAAUUGUCAUCACAUGAUGUGAGAACAGAUGGACUGGAGCUUCCACCUCUGCCAUCAUCAUUUUCAGUCAACAACUCACUGUUGCCAGAUAUCCAGCCAACUUAUAAACCAACAAGACUACCUGAAUUCUCAGAUGGUUCACCUAAAAAGCAUAGGGGGAGAGUAACUGGUGAGGUUGAUGAGCUUGCACUCAUGUCUAGAAAAUCACGCACUCAAGUAUUCUCUGGACGAAAAGUGGCAACUACUGUUACAAAUGUGUCAUCUCUGUUUGAGUUGUCAAUAAAGAGCUUGAUUGAGAACAUUGAUGCUCUCAGUGAAACUGGUGGAGUUCCUUAUAAUAUUCUUCACCCUGUUCUUGAAAGGUGUUCUCCACAGCAACUCUUGCAUUUGGAAGAAUGCAACCCAUACUUCAUUGAUGAUACUGACCCACUUUGGGAGAGGCACUGCUGCAGAGAAUUCAAAGGAACAAAACCAAAAUCAGGGCAGAGCUGGAGAGAACUGUACAUGCAAAAUGAAAGUGAAAGAGAAGUGAGGCUAAAAAAAAUACAUGCAAAAAUAAGUGCCAAUCAAGCAGCAAAAACACCUGAACGGCAGAUCAAACUUGCCUAUGUUGAAUCAGAAGCCAAACCUCCUCGGGAGGUGCUAAGAAAGCAGGCUAGAUUUGGGACUGGCUCCAGAAAUCACGCUGGCAAACAUAUGGCCCCUCCCAUAGCAAGGGCUCCACAGGGACACCAAAGGAACCACAGUGCUUCACCAACCAAAAAGCAUGCAUUACCAGCACCGAUGAUGAAAAAGACAAUGAAACUCUUCAAAAACCAGAGGAGCAGAGCGGCAACCAGCAUUAAGCGGAGGUAGCAUUUCUGUUACAGUAAAAAUGAUUUCAUUUUGAUUAGACUGUUUGACUUGUAAUCCUCAAACAGUAAUAAGGACAUGAGAUAUUUUCUGUGAAAUUUUGGUUCUUUUUCUCACUGACCUGCAGUUUAAACAGAAGUAAGUUCCAGAGGUCAUACAAUUUCAGUCACGGCCAUUAAGAAUUUGAUAUAAUUAUUUACCACUAAAUGGAUAUUGAAAUUCAAAAGAGUAACUUUACAAGUUCAAAACUACCUUUAUAUGUGCUGAAAGUCUGACUUUGAACUCUGCCUCUGUAAGGUGGGCCUACAUAAAGGAUUCAGCUUAAGUACUUGUGCUGAUUUUUACAGGAAAAUCACUAUUUGAGUGUGAAUGCCACUUUGUGUAGCUUUUUCUUGUUCAAGUAGAUCCUAAAGAAAUGCAUUGUGUUACUUGUGCCAAGAAAUAUUCAAAGUGGCAAGCAUUAAACUUGGAUUUUUAGAACAUUUGAGGAAAUUUUUGAAUGGUUGGCUCAGGUCAGUUGGAAUCUAAACAUAAAAUCAGUGGAUUAGUUCCAUAAAUACUUUUUAAGAGGUGAGAUGAAAAUGACUUGGAUUCUGGAGCAGAAAUCCUUCAAUAAGGGCAAGGGUAUAGACUUAGAAGUAAUAAACAUGUAACGUCUCCCUAUAAUAUCCAUCCAUUAUCCUUCAAACUGGUAACGAGAAUACUCAAACAAACCAGAUAAAAAUUGUUUUCUAGAUCUAACACCAAAUUUUUAUAACUAAUUUACAAGAAAUGUGUAGUAGCUAGUGGGGUAAAUUAACAAUCAGAUCUCUGGAGUUAAAUGGUUGAGGUAAUUAUCAUGACAUUGAGUAUAAUUCAGGUAUAGGUUAGGCAUGUAUUGACUGGAGGCAAGUUUAAAAUUGUUUUAUAUUAGUAAACUAUUUAUUGUUUGCAAUUUUGUGUGCAGGGUAUGCAAUAGUAUUUGCCAUUUCCUCUAUGUUGCUUGUAAAAACUCAGGCAAAGGAAGGGGGAAAUUAUUGGAAAGAAGGUAUUGAGUGACAUCAAAUACUGAAUUCUAUCAUCAAAGAAGGUGUGAAAUAAUUUAGUAGGUCCAAAUUUUUAAUUUAUAGGAAGAGAAUUGUAAAUUCUUGAUAUAAAUUUAAAAAAGGGCAAUAGUUUGGUAACAACUCUUAAAGAAGUUGUCAGACAAUUCAAUUGUGAAUUGCAUGUCAUUAGACUUAGGUGUGAUGCAGAAUAGUUUACCAUGGAAUUUGAUAUGAAUCAGCAGAUUGAAGAAGAUAGGUAUUGUUCAAGGCAUGUAGGUACUGUAGCCUUUUUAUGAAAUUGUGUAGAAUUCCUCUGAAUGACCAGAUCCCUCAUAAAGAAUUUAAUAUUAAAAUCACAAAAAAAAAAAACAUAGCCUAUAGUAUUUUGUUAGUGACUCAUGUUGUAUUUAAGCCUAGUUUCCCAAUAUGACAAGAGUGUGAUUUCACCCUCCAUCAUUGCCCAUUUGUGAAACAUUCAAGACAUCCACCAAACAGAGAAACUUCCAACUUCCUGUAUCAAUUGUGUGCAAGUUUCGAAGUCAUACCUAUUCUGUGGGC